GAAGGAGGAGGAGUCACCCAGGCCCACCGGCUUACUCCCGGAAUUAACUCUCAAGAGCUCAGCCUUCGGGUUGAGACCUACGUGAUUCCUGAGACUCUUCCAGAUGCCUCUGACUAUGCCUAAUUCAUAUUUAUAAUAAAAACUUCUGCUUGCUGGAUGUGAUGAUGCAUGCCUGUAAUCCCAGCUCUGAGGGAGGCAGAGGUUUGGAACAUGGAUUCUGCCUACCUGAAGGAGUGCUUUGGAAACAGCCUGACCCAGGCACUGACAGAGGUGGCAAGAGUGCGGCCCAAUGACCCAAUAGAAUACCUGGCAUACUGGCUUUACCAUUACAGAGAUGUAACUAAAGCUAAAGAAAAGAAAAGGCAAGAGGAGCUACAGCUUAAGGAGGAGCAUGACAGAAGUCUCGAGGAAGCAAAAAUGACGGAAGAGCUGAAAAAAGAGCAAUAUCAGAUUCAACAGAUGUGUGAAAAGUGUCACCAGGAACUUCCCCCCAAAGCUAUUUCCUCAUUCAAGGCCCCCGACCUGCAGGAAGACACAGCACCCCUUGAGGAGGAGACUAUGAGACAGGCAUCUCAACCAGGUGUCUCGGGUGUGAUUGUGAAAAUGCCUCAACGGGCUCUUCCCUCCUGAAAAAAAAAAUGGCCUGCAAGAGGAGCCCUCACCACAACUCAGAUUUCUGAGACUGGGAAGGAUGUCUAGAGAUGCUCUGUUCUGCCAUAAAUACCUUUCAUCGUGUGACGUUUGAAUCAGCGAUUGGAACAAGAAUUAAAUACAAUAGCAUCAAACUGAUGAGGCCUUUUCCUCCCAACAUUACCUAAUGAAAACACACUCCCCUCUUGUGCUCAUCUUAACUCAAGCUGUGCUUUGCAGUCAGGGUUCUGGUAAUCCUUACAUGUGUCCUAGAGGCUGCCCGAGGAACUAAUAAUGGCUGUUUUCUUCACUCUUAUGUCACCAUUUGAGAAAAUGUUUCCAUUUUUUUAUUGUGAUAAAGCAUAUGACAUAAAAUUUACAGUUUAGUGACCUUAA